AUGUUCCUGGAAUUGCUGAUGACCAUCUUCUGCCUUGUACCUGCUGCCAGUGCAGCAGAUAGUGAACGAGUGACUGGCGGGAAGCCGUGUCUACCCAAUUCCCAGCCAUGGCAAGCUGGGCUGUUUUCUGGAUUCAGGCUGAAAUGCGGAGGGACCCUGAUCCACCGAUCAUGGGUGCUCAGUGCAGCCCAUUGUAAAAUGAGAACGCCUUUUCCUGUACGCCUUGGGGAGCAUGAUCUGAAACGUGUGGACUGGACUGAACAGUUGAAACUAGCAUCUAAAGCCAUUGUGCAUCCCAGCUAUGAUCCUCAAACAAAAAACCACGACAUCAUGCUUGUUAAACUGCUGACUCCCGCCUGCUUGAACAACAAUGUCAAAAUCCUUGACUUGCCAACCACGUGCCCUGUGCCUGGGACAAAAUGCCUGGUUUCAGGAUGGGGUACAACAACGAGUCCUAAAGUAACUUUCCCGGAUGUUCUGCACUGUGCAAACAUCACCAUUAUCAGUCACAACAUUUGCCAAUCCAUCUAUCCUGGAUAUAUCAACGAGAACAUGGUCUGUGCUGGCAGGAUGGAGGGAGGCACAGAUACUUGCCAGGGUGAUUCAGGUGGGAAUCUUGUCUGCAAUGGCAAGGUGCAAGGGAUUGUGUCCUGGGGUCCUCAGAUAUGUGCACAACCAAACAAACCAGGAGUCUAUGUUAAUGUAUGCAAAUAUGUGGAAUGGAUCCGAGAAACGAUUGCAAAUAACUAACGAUCAAAUGGCAGUCCUGAUGAACUGAGGGGAAAGGGGGAUAUAUUUGUCACAUGAAUCCAAAACCUUGUUGUGCAGUUACACAAAAGGCAUAACUUUUAAUAACAGACUGUCAGAAAUUAAGAAGUAUCGAUCAGCAUUAUCUGUUGUGCGACUUUGCUGUGCAACAGACAAUACCUAUGCAGUAAUUUGCCUUUAAAAGUUACACUUUUUGCUCAACUGCCCAGCAAGAUUUUGGCCAGAGUUGAUUAGAUUCCUUUUAACACCAUCCCCACCUCCGUUUGUUCGUCUCUUCUGUGUUGCCUUUCAUAUUCUCCUGG